UUGGAUCAACACUGUUGACUUGUCAAUCCUACAUGAUAAAUUUCAAAAAUGUUUUAUAGAAAGGGAUAGUCAAACUUUGUUUUCAUACAAUAUUGCCUACGCAAACACAUUGUAGAAACAAUUACAUGUACAUCAAACAUGUAUGUUUUUUAGUUCAAUUUGUGUUACGUCUUCUCCCUCCCUCCAGAACAUAAUGGGUGAUGAAAUGCAAUCUUGGCGCCGGAGAAUUGGCUUAUUUGUCAUGCCUUCCGUGAAAAUUCCGAAACUUCCAAAGCAUCCAAGCUGCAGCCAUGGCACCAGUGAUUCACCAUUUUACUGUAGCAGAUGGUUAGUGCUUCUGUUCGGCCUGGCCCUGUUUGUUGUUGCCGUUGAUGCAGUCAUCGUGCCACAAUAUAAACCCUUGACAUCUGCUGAUAUUCUCACCAACACCAGUCUCCCCAUCAGCCGUCUCCACCAGCUUAUCAUUUCUGGCGACAUUGAACCUAAUCCUGGGCCUGUUGGCUUCACAGAUGAGCAACUUAAGGCAUUAAUAUCUGGUGAAGAGCUUAGUGAUGCCCCAGAGGUUCUGCUUAAUUUGCAUAUUCUCCAGCUUCAUGAUCUGAAGAAGUCAAGCAUGGAACUGACCUGGAACGAUGCUCUGUUGGGGCCUGCUCAGUGCUUGAAUGUGCAAGUAACUGAUCUACCUUCAGGCAAAGCCAUUCGAAAACAAUGGGAAACAAUGCAUGACAAGAAGUGAGACCUCCUGAAAAGAGCCAAAAAAACCCCAGAUCUGUUGCAAAUGUGGGAGGAGACCAAGUACGCCCUUCCGCAGUCAAAACCACUAGGCCCAAGGUCAACUGCCACAACAUCCAGAAGUGACGUAGAAGCCCUGCAGCUUGCCAAUGAAAGUCUGGCUAGAGAACUACAUGUAGACGUUAAGGUUUCUCCACAUAAAGUGUCAGUCAUUGCAAGGCGCGAAAAACGACAAAAGAAUACAAUCAAUGCGCAGAAAGAAACCAUCAAGGAUCUCCAAAAAAGGUUAGACAUCCAGGAAAAAAAGUUGGACAAAGCAAAAACUGUAAAGCGAAAACUGAGCUCAGAGAAGGAUUUGCUGUCCAGGAAAGCCGCCAAGUCAGAGCAAGAUCAAGAGGACACCGCCAAGGACUAUGAAAAAGUAAUGUCUGUGCUCGAAACACAGGUAGGACAACAACACGAGACCAUUCUGGACUUAAAGGAGAAAAAUGCAGAUCUCCUGCAAAAAGUGAAAGAGAAAAACAGCCAGACUGUGAUGCUUACCACCACCAAAGACGGAGUUAGAUGUUACACUGCAGAAACUCGGGCAUGUGUGUACAAACUCUUGUCAGCCCACGUAGCCUUUGAAAAUGUCCCGAAGGUUAUAGAGGCUGUCCUUGAACUGGCUUGCAAGAUUGCAGACAGCCUUCCCACGGGCAGAACAGUUGCCCAUAUGAACGAUGAGCGACUUCUCCUCUCCCAACGCCAAAUGGAGGAGCUCCAGAAGGAAACCAACCUCACCAUGGCCACAGAUGAGACCCCAAAAGGAGGCGAUGUGUACAUGACAUAUACAGUGUCUGGAGCCGAGUCAUCCUUUGUAUUAGGGCUUAGGAAAAUGGUUUCAAAAAGCGCUGAAGACACUCUCAGCACAUUCAAAUUGAUUCUUGAUGAUAUUUCGUACAUCUGUAGCUCUACCUGUAGCUCUAAUCUCGGUAUGCAGAUUCUGACACAGAUUAAGAAUACAAUGAGCGAUAGGGCAGCAACUGAGACAAAAUUUAAUGAUUUACUUAAGGCAUAUAGGGAAGAGUGCCUCCCCAAAGUUGUCCAAAACUGGGGGGAUUUCAUCUCAGGAAUCGUAUAUAUGACUUUCUUCACAAUGUUGUUGGUCAAACUAAUGGGUUACUGAAAGCCGUUCAUGCAGAUGUGCAGGUGGAUUUGUACUUAGCAGACUGCAAAAUAUUGGGUAUUAUA